AUGGAUGCAGGAGCAGGAGGCGCGGCCUAUCGAUGGGCUCGGCCGCUCUGCUGGCCCGACCUGGCCCCAGAUCCCCGCCGGCCAGGAAGGAGACGCACGUGGGAGUUUUUCCCCAGCCGAGAUCGAGCAGCAGCGUCCGCCAUGCAAAGGCUUGAUUGCUCCCGCGUGUGCGUCGUGUGCGGGGAAGGCGGGCGGGGCGGCGCCAAGUACCGCUGCCCGGGCUGCCGGGAGAGAUAGUAAGGAGCGGGCCCUUUGGUGGGCUCCGGUUAUUUAGGGACGGAAGGCACUCUGUGUGUGCUCAGAGGUGGCUCUGCGGGACUGUGUCUAUGCUCAGAGGCGCGGCUCGAGGGUGGGGAGCUCAGUUUUUCUCGCGAAAGUGUGUACUGUAUGGGGUUACAGCCCCGAGGGUGAAAGAGAUCCUGUGUUCUCUUGGGUGUGUGGGCAGUUACCCCCCCCCCCAGUGGUGGUUUAAAGUGUUGGACGAGGCCCUGGGAGCCCAGGCUUCAAAUCCUCACUUAGCAAUGAGACUCCUUUGGGAUCACAUCCACAAUUUUAAAGCGCAUGACUCCCCCAUCCGACCCGCAAGAAUUACUAGCUCAUUGUUGAUUGAGCUAAUGUGCGGUUCUUACUUAGAAUCAAUCCCUAAGGCAAAUAAAAAGUAAGUGAAUAGCAAAGGUGAGAAAUACCUGUUCCAUAAUUAAAGAAGUGGAAUUCCGUGUACACUUCUGGCCCCCUCACGUAAAAAAAGAAAAGGGGGGAAAAGUUGCGGAAAGUUCAGAAAAGGGCAACCAAAACGAUCAAGGGGAUGGAGACACUCCCCUAGGAGCAAAAGUUACAGUAUUUGGGACUUUUUAGGUGGUAAAAAAGGCAAGUAAGAGGUGACACAAUAGUCAUUUAUAAAAGUAUGCAUGUUAUGGAGAAAGUGGCUGGAGAAAUCCACCCCCCUUUAAUAACACUAGAGCUUGUGGAUGGUCAGGGUAGCUGAAUGUUGGAAGAGUCAGGGCAGAUAAAAGAUAGGACUUCUUUGCACAGCAAGUAGAAGUCACUCCCGCGAUGGCCAUCAACUUGGACGGCUUUGAAAGAGGAUUGAACAAAUUCACAGAGGAUGAGGCUAUUCAUGGCAAUGGAAAGUUACCAAAGUGAUGUACAGUAAAAUAAAAUAAACAUAAAAUAUCAAUGAUGACAAACUAAAGCCACUGAAACCGUUUCUGUCAUUAUGCAAUUAUACAGCUGAGAAGUGGUUUAUAUAUAAAGGAGGAGUCCGUUUUUGUGGUCCUGCUCAUUGCCCAUUAUGCACUGAGCUGCUGCUAUACCAUGAAGGAGUUGCAGAUGUUUGGUUUUAACACUGUUAUCUUACUAUUGUUGAUGUUGCAAAAUUUUCAGGAGUAGCCAACACGGUGCACUUCAGAUGUUGCAGACUUCAACUCCCAUCAUCCCUGUUUUGCCAUGGGAAUGCAAAAUAUCCAGAAGGCACCAAGUUGGCCACUCCUGCAUAUCGUACUAUUUUAUGUAGCAUAAACCAAUUUUUGAGAAAGGGCAAUCUAUAUAACUAAUGAGUCGUGUUUUGUGCAGCGAUAAUAUAAGGAGCCUUUGUGGUGUGAUAAUGGUGUCCAUCUUAAGACUUGGGAGACCUGGGUUCAAAUCCCCCCUCAGCCAUGAAGCUCACUGGGUGACUUUGGGCAGGUCACACUUUUUUUAUCCUGAUCUAUCUCACAGGUGAGGAUAAAAUGGUGGGAGGGGAGAGAAACACCAUAUAGCCUGGCCUUGAACUCCUUGGGAUAGAAAUAAAUGUCUCCACUUAAAAAAACUUCUCUUUGUUGUUGCAGUUGUUCAGUGUCCUGCUGCAAGAAACAUAAAGGUAGGAUUAUAUAUAUAUAUUAAUAAGGAUUAGGCAUGCUUGAGUACAGUGGUACCUCGAGUUACAAAUGCCUUAGGUUACAAACGCUACAGGUUACAAACUACGCUAACCUGGAAGAGUCACCUCGAGUUGAGAACUUUGCCCCAGGAUGAGGACUGAAAUCGUGUACCAGUGGCGCAGCAGCAGCAGGAGGCCCCAUUAGCGAAAACAUGUCUCUAGUUAAGAACAGUUUUAGGUUAAGAACGGAUCUCUGGAACAAAUUAAGUUCGUAACUAGAGGUACCACUGUAAUUUGCUCUGCAAGGGUGCGUUUAUAGUUCACUUUUGUGAUGUACCAUACUUCUUGACAGAUGGCUACUUUUUUUGGUCACAACAAUCAGCCUGGGGACAAAGGGCUGCAAGGAGUUUUAGAAUUCCUUCUAAUUGUAACGUUCAGGCUGCGAGUGCCGUUGCAUUUUUAGCCAAAAUGGCCUGCCCUGUGCACAAGAAAAGUGGUGGUGGACUUAAAAGCCUGAGGUUUUCAGAAAUAACAAUAAUAUUCCAAAACCUUAGUUUGGGUGGUGAUGAUGAAAUAGUUAGAGCCUAGGGAAUUUGAAGGUGCGGCCAGAAGAGAGGUCAAUAUUGCCUCUAAUUGCUGGCAAAUCUGUAAUUAUACUUGAUAAUCUGAUGACAUUUGUUAUUUUAACCCAUGUGCAACUGUACUCAUUCUAUUGUUUUCCAUAUUUAAAUUUUUGUCUGUUGUUAUAAUUGUUCUCUCUGUUUUAUAUAUAUUAUAAAAUGGUGGGGCAGGAAAAAUAUAUGGUGGGGGCAAUCUUAACCAAAAAGAAGGGCCUCAACCCCUCGCUUCCCUUGGCUUGGAAAUAAUGAGAUGUGUUUGGCGUUUGAACAGAACAAUGUGCACCCAAAGCAGAGCCGCGUCUGCAGCCUACAAGUCAAGAAACUUCCCAGAGGACGGCAUCCAUGAACAAUGAAGGUAUUUGCACCCUUUCCAGCUCGCUUGCGAAAACAAACAGGCUUUUAAUUGGCAUUGAUAGUUGGGGGUCAUACUGAGGGAAGAGAAACAGUUGAGUCAGAGCAUCUUAAGGACCCUUCUGGGUCAGACUAAAGUUUCUUUUAGGACGGUAUCCCGUUUUCCCACUGUGGCUGAGUGGCAGGUGACAAAGGCUGUUUGGGUACCAGCCCUGGUACUUUUGCUGGCACUACUUUAUUCCUGCUUUUUUCUCAGGACGUUCUUGGUCAGUGGAUGACAUUUUGACAGAAGAUGAUGAGAACGAUAAGGUUCCCCUGCAGAAACUUCGGCUCUUGGGUAAGUUUUCCAGUGGGAAAUAUUGUUAACUUUUCCUGUAAAACAGGGGUGGGAAAGUUGUGGCCCUCUUGCUACUUUUGGACUACAACACCCAUCAUCGAAUCACCUGCUUGCUGUGGCUGAUGGGAGCGGCAGUCCCAGUAGCCAUCUGGAGGCUGACUGGUUGGUUAUUCCUACUAUAAAGAAAUUCCUAUGUGUGACUUGAAGCAAUUGGUUCUUACGUGAGCAGAUGACCCUGAGACUGUUAUUUUAUGGGUAGGGGGACAUCACUGCUUUAAGAAUCCAUUGUCUGAUUUCAUGCCCAACGUUCCUGAAUAGCAGGCAUGGGGAGCAUGGGACCCUCCCAGAUGUUGUUGUCUUUCUGUCCUUGACUGUGAGUGGGUGGGACUGAUGUGACUUGGGACCACAGCUCCCCCCAUAAGCCUUUGUCCAGUAUUUUCUGCUAAAAUAAAAUAAUACAUUGAAAGUACAGAUUAAAAAACAAUCAAAAUUACAAGGCUUAGGAGCAGCACAAAAGGUGUAUUUUUUAAAUAAUCAGAGGGCAGAUAAUGUAGAAAAAUGAAAGCAACAAGGCACGUCAUGAAAACUAAAUGGUGCAGUUUGUUGGGGGAAGAGUUUGUAUAUCUGAAUUUGACAAAUUAGAAAUGAAACCCCACCAAACAGCAUAGAAAUGUUCUGUAUCUUACCCUUGGGGAUUAGUAAUUUGCACGUCGUUUCCUUCGCAAUAGCCAAAUUCCACAUAUGGGGGGGGGGGGGGGCAGGGUGAGAGGUUUAAGUACUGUAGUGUCUUCGCUCUCUGGGCCAAAUAAGACAAUAUUGUCUGCUCCUGACAAUGGCUCUUUGGGGUCUUGGGACAGAAAGUGGUCUCCCCCAUCAUCUUUUGCCUUAGGGAUAGGGAACCUAUGGCCCUCCAGAAGUGGCUGACCAUUGGCCCUUGCUGGCUGUGGCUGAUGGGAGGCCUAAGAACAACAGGAUGGGUUCUCAGGCCCUGUGUUAUUUCAUCUGGAGAUGCCGGGGACUGAACUUGGGGCUUUCUGGAUGCAAAGCCAGCACUCUACCCCCUGAGCUCCAGUCCUUCUCCAAAGCAUGGGUGACAGCCACCAAUGAUCUUCCCACCCUCCUUCUUGGAGUCAUCUCCUUCUUUUUCUGAAACAGGGGAAUCUGAAGAACUCAAAGGCCUCCUCCUCAAUCCCCACCUUGGUCAGCUGCUUCUCACUGUCGACCAGGCCAAAGACAAGAGUGCCAUCCUGAAGACAUACAUGCAGGAGCCCCUCUUUGUGGAGUUUGCAGACUGUUGCCUGAGGAUUGUCGAGCCUCCCGAGGAGGAGAACGCACGCCCAGAGUGAUUUUUGUGUGUGCGGAGCAGGUAAACGAUGCCCCUCUCUGGAUGGGGAAGCUUGUUAUUUGCAAGGCUGGAGGAAGGGCUUCUCUUGUGGCUAACCCCUGGAGCACCAUAAGCUAUAAUUCAUAGCCCUCUUUCCUAGGGAGGGCACGGCAUUCCCCUGGUAACCAUGGGCCCUAGAUUUGGGGGGAAAUUAAGUGUUUACACACGCUGCCUUUUCUGUGUUCCAAAAGUAGCCUCUCCAACCACCUUUGAUUAGCUUCAGGCUGUAAAGAGUUCAGGUUUGGAACAGGAGCAAGAGCCAAGUUUCCCACUGCCCCUGCAAUAGCAUCUUGAUCUUACAUUGGAUGGGAAUCAAAUGCAACUGCAUCUAAAGUUACUUUGCCCUAUUGAUUUCAGUGAGACUUCCUUGGGGUGAACCCUGGUUUUGCUCCCAUUAGUUCUGGAGCCAUUGACAGCAGCGGGCUGGAGAAACAAACACAGUAACUUCUUUCAUAAUCAUGGACGUUUUUAUUGAGUCUUGAUUUGUAGAAAAUGGCCUGUAAGUACGAAACUGAUCCCUGUGUCUAAUCCUAAGGAGUGUACUUAUACACUGAAUCUUAUCUUCCUAUGUGAGCACUGUUUGGAAUUCUGCUUACUGAAAUUUUGAAAUGACUGAGCCCAUAAACUUUGUCUUGCCCCAGAGUAGAUUUGCCCACCUGGUGUCCACCAGAUGUUUUGGAUUGCAAAAGCCCAUCUGCCCUAGCUACAUGCCAGCUGGGGUGAAUGGGAGCUGUGGUCCAAUAUAGUUGGAGAGAACCCAGUUGGCAAAGGCGACGAUUAUUUUUUUUUAAAAGUCCCAAAGCAACAGUAGGUUUGCUUCCCUCUCCCUGAGAGAACAACCACUCUUUAUUACAAUAAAGAAAGUUUAAAAACUUUGUUUAAAACAGACCUUUUCACAAUACUUUUAAAAAGUUACCUUUGGUUUAUAACUCAAGGCAGUAGUUCACAAUGUGAUUUUCCUGAGGUGUGGACUUGAAUUCUAAACCCCAGUUGGUUUAGAGAUUUUGCUUCCAACUCCUGAUUAUAUAAAUUGGAGUAAGAGAACUGAAGUUUAAACCAAUCUGGUGAAUAAGUUGCUCACCUGCCAUUUUAAUUUUAUUUUUGCUGGACAGGAAGCUAGUAGCCUACACAGCUGCGGGGGAGGAAAUACUGCCUAGUAAAAAAUAAAAAAAUUAAAGCUUUUGCUUAAGCAGGCUUGUGGUAGGAUCAGGGAGGUGCAUUCCACCUCAAGUCUGCUGAGGAAACUGCUUCAUUUCCUCUGUGGCUAGAACGGCCCUGAGGGUUGGCCUGCAUGGAAUUCCAGAUCACCUAUGGUGACCAGGCAAGUUGUUAAAUGCAAGGCUGGGUGAAGUGGAGUCUCUCUCUCUGGCAGGUGUUGGCAUAAGCUGCUCAGCUUUUGUGCAUGGACACAAGGCCCCCUUGGUCCCCAGAGAAGUGUGUGUAUGAGGUACAGCCUGUCCUCUUGUAUUUUGAAAGGAUGGAUAGAACAUGUAUGUCACAGAGAAAUUCGGUGAUAGGAUCUCCCCCUGACAUCGUGUGGGUAUAGUGCUUGCAGUAAUGGGGAGGUGUGCCUUCCCCAGAGAAUGGCCCUGUGACCUUCCACCAAGAGAUGGCACAUGACAGUCUGAACCAUUUUUGAGGAAACGGUAUCCUAAAUGCUGUGGAAGAGAUGCAGCUUGAUGAAGGUUCUUGAGUGAGAAAGCAUAAAAAGUGCAGUAAAUAGUAGAUAAAAGCACGUAGAAGUCAGUUUUCAAGCUGAAAGGAGCUUGUAGUUGUCGAGGAGAAUCUGGUUGAAGCCGGUCAUGGUGCAGUUGUGGGUGUGCGGCCUGGUGUCUGCGUAAAGCAGCGGAGAUUUCCUGCAGUGGAACUUGAUCGAGCCCUAGGAGGAGAAAUGGGUUACCCUGGUGAGCCAUGUCCAGGCAGCAUGCGCAACACUGAACGAGGCGGACCAAUGGUUUGACUUGGAAUAAGGCAACUUUCUAUAUGGUUGGACUCCCAACUUCCAUCAGCCGUGGGCAGCAUGGCCAGUGGUUAGAGAUGAUGUGAUACAUAGUCCAGCGACAUAUACAUUGCAGGGGGCUAAGACUAGAUUCUCAGGGUUCCACCCAACUCUACAAUUCUAUCGGGAGGGACACAGGUUCCCCACCCCCCUGCCUUCUUUAUAGAACAGGACGAGCCUUGGAUGUUUCAGGGCAGAGUUUGGCAUCAGGCUUCAGAGUUGUGCUUUUUUAUUUUUACAUACGUUUUGGGGUUUUCUAACUGGCACUGACUCUGAAAGCGUUCUGUCCACCUCCCUUUCACUUAAAGCAACUAUGCAACAUGGGAGACAGUAACCAACCAGUUUUUUGGGGGGAGGGGGGUGUUAGUCGCAUGGUCCUUACCUGUGGGAGGGCUCUGAUGGAGGUGACCCCUUGCGUGCGCUGCUUGGUCUCUGCCUUGUGAUGGUUGUUCUGCUGCAGCACUUGGAGGCAGGCUAGGAGGCCGAGGUCUCUCUGAAAAGCACCCAGUGUCACUGGGCCGCUUGAAAGGACCAGCCCAAGAGGCCAGAACUGGAUUGCUGCAUUUAGGGGGCAUGGUUUUUCCAACUUGCUAUGGGUCUCGCUCAAUGAAACCGUUGCCCUAAGGCUGGAGGAGAGGGGGCUUCCUUCUAAGUCAUCCAACUCCUCUGCGGCCAGGACAUCCAUCUUGGCCUACGGAAAGACAGAAAGUAUUUAAAACUUUUUUUGGGGGGGGGGGGGGGAGCAGAUUAUCAGAAAGCAGAAAUCUUUGUUGGUGCCAUUUUUUCCGUUGUGUAACUGCAGCCUCAUUUCCAGCUUUCCAACAAGUUGCUGGGAAGACUUUGAUCUCUUACCUUCCAUUUUUUCCAGGUCCGUUUUAUAACCCUGACAGCUUUCCGUAGCCUCUGGAAAUGUUUCCUGGCCAACCACGAGCGAACAGCUGAGAAAGAAAGACAUUGCAUUAAGGGAGUAUAAGGAACAGCAGGAAAGGACCUGAUACCAAGUGUCCAUGCAGCCUAGUAUUGUCUGCUCUGACUGUCCGGGGUUUUGGGCAGAGAGAAGGCUCCAUCUCAUCCCUUGCUACCUGAUCCUUCCAAAUGGAGACUGAACCUGCAGCCUUCUGCACGCAAAGCAAGUGCUCUCCCACUGAGCUGAGUCCCCUCUCUAAAAUGUACAUAGAAAGCCUUCUACCCAGUCAGACUGUUUGUCCACCUAUCUAACCUAGGGGUGGAGAACUGUGGGCCUGGGGUCUGAAUAUAGCCCUCCAGGUCUCUCUUCUCUCCUCAGGUCACACAUUCUCUCCCUACCAGGCUACUUGCCUGGCUCCUCCUUAAGGCUUUUUGCCUGGCUGGGAUGUGUCCUUGAAACCUGACCAUACCGCUUUUGCUCGUCUGGCUGGAGGAUAGAGAGAGGAGUGUGUGUUAGAAGUGUAAGCAUUCACAAAGCCCAGAACAAGGUAGGUCCAGGGCACCUUAGAGACCUCCUGAACCUUUCUAUCCCAGCUCAAUUAUUGAGCUAAUCUGCAGGAGCUUAGUUGGUCAUUUCCCUCAUUUGACAACAUCAAGAAACCCAAGUUUUUAGUGUCAUUGGCCCAGCCCUGUGGAACACUCUGCCAGCAGAGAUUCAGCCAAACACCUUCUGGGCCAGCUUUUAAACGCCUGCUGAAAACUUUUGUUUCGCCAGGCUUAUGCAGGCAAUUAAGAAGACAUCUCUGCACAAUAGUUAGCUGAUCUUUGAUUUAUUGUAUAAUUGUUGUAAACCAUUCUUUUGUGCUUUUUAUGAACAUCUGUAUAUGAAUAUUAAAAAAAUUAUGAAAUAGCACAGUGC